AACGUCGCUUGUCCGGGGCGGCUUCACUCCACUAACACUCACAACAACAUGGGGAAGCUCAAGAAGGAGAAGACUGAGGAGCGGGAUGCUGAUACCAGCCAGGUGGAGCAAGACGAGCUGACCUACGAGGAUAAACUGAAAUAUGUCAGCAUCAUCGCCCAGCCAAUGGCGUCCAAGAAAGUGGCGGGGAGAAUAUACAAGCUUGUAAGAAAAGCCUCCCAGCAUAAGUCGUACCUCAGAAAUGGCCUGAAAGAUGUUCAAACGAGGCUUAGGAAAGGGGAGACAGGGAUUGUGAUCUUUGCUGGAGAUGUCUCGCCUAUUGAAAUUAUGUGCCAUCUUCCUGCUGUUUGUGAAGAAAAGCAGCUGCCAUACAUUUAUACGCCUUCAAGGCAAGAUCUUGGAUCUGCAAUGGGAGUUAACAGAGCUGCGCUUGCUGUCCUUAUUCGUGAAAACAGUGAAUAUAAAGAAUUGUAUGACAAGGUAUUAGAAGAUAUCAACAAGGUUCCAAAAGUAUUUUAGGAUUUGUAGUUUUAUACAAUUUUCUAUCAUUUAAGGUAUAUUUGAAUUAUUAUGAGAAUGUUUGUUAACAAUAAAGAUUACGCUUUGUAAGAGGAA